CAAAAUAUUUUCCUUUUCAUCUUUUUGAUAAGUGUCUGCUUCACGCUCAUUUGUUGUUUCAGAUGCAUCAUUGUGUCUUGUAUGUGACCCUAUUCCCUUCUCAUUGUUUAUAUAUAUAUAUUUAUAUAUAAAAAGGAAAACUGGCCUUACUUUUUUUUUUUAAUUUUCCUUUAUUAUGUUACUCUUAUUACUGCUGAAAGGUGGAUGGCAAAAGUGAGACAAAAGAAAGGUUAAUCUGAAAGUUUUUUUUUUAAUUCUUAUUUUAUUUUUCAUGUCUUAUAAUCAAUGGGUGCAGUAGAUUCCAAGCAGUGGAGAGAGUGUUGCAAAACAAAAUAUAGAGCAGUUUUCUGUUUUUGUUUUCUUUUUCUUUUCCUUUCUUUUUCUUUCCUCUGCAGGGCUGAUGAGGGAUCCACAGUGGUGUGCAAAUUAAACCAAAUUGUGAAAUGAAUAGCAUUUAAGAGAACAGUUGUUGGGGGGAAAAAAAAAUGAGAGGUCUUUGUCAUGAAACCUUUCAUUUUUUUUUUUCUUUUUAAGAAGACACUUUCAAUCUUUGUAUUCUUUUGCUAACAACGUGAAUAACCAAACAGGAUUUCCUGUUCAAUAUCUGGCCCUUCUUCAUGGAAAAAAAAUAAAUAAACGCUGAAAUUCCUAUACUCAUAAUCUACUCUUUCAACCACUGGCUCUCCCUCAAAAUGACCAUAGGGUCGUAUUUGUUAAAACUUUAAAAAAAAAAAAUACCAGUUAAAAAUGCUUUAGUCUUUGGAGUAAGAUGUUGCAUAUUUUGCCUUUCAUUUCCCCCCACCCUCGACGAUAAUCCUUAGGCCCCUCACCAAACUCUCAGUAACCAUGGUAACUGUAUACAAACCCAUGCUGGCGAUGGUGGUGAAUGGUAAAUAAUGCCACAGCACGUGUAAUGACAAAUAAAAAGACUGUCAACCCUUAUACAAAUGGCUGGAAAUUGAAUCCAGUUGUGGGUGCAGUGUACAGUCCUGAAUUCUAUGCAGGCACCGUGCUGUUGUGCCAGGCAAACCAGGAGGGAUCUUCCAUGUACAGUGCCCCCAGUUCACUUGUAUAUACUUCCGCAAUGCCCGGCUUCCCGUAUCCAGCCGCCACGGCGGCGGCCGCCUACCGAGGGGCGCACCUGCGCGGCCGUGGCCGCACCGUGUACAACACCUUCCGGGCCGCGGCGCCCCCGCCCCCGAUCCCGGCCUACGGCGGAGUAGUGUAUCAAGAGCCUGUGUAUGGCAAUAAAUUGCUGCAGGGUGGUUAUGCUGCUUACCGCUACGCCCAGCCCACACCUGCCACUGCUGCUGCCUACAGUGACAGUUACGGACGAGUUUAUGCUACCGACCCCUACCACCACACACUUGCUCCAGCCCCCACCUACGGCGUUGGUGCCAUGAAUGCUUUUGCACCCUUGACUGAUGCCAAGACUAGGAGCCAUGCUGACGAUGUGGGUCUCGUUCUUUCUUCAUUGCAGGCUAGUAUAUACCGAGGGGGAUACAACCGUUUUGCUCCAUACUAAAUGACAAAAACCAUUAAAAAAAAAAAAAAAAACAACCUUCCAAUGUGGGGAAAAAGGAAGCUUUCCGAGGCCUGGGUAUUGCAAUACAUGCAGUAGUGCAUCAUUUUAGCAUCUAAAAAAAAAAAUUAAAUUAAAAAGAGGAAAAAAAAUUACAUUUUUUAUCUUAUACCUCAGAUAUUUUGUUCUGUGUAUUUUAAUAUUGUGGGUCUUUCAUUUCUGAAGGUUCUGUAGUUUGGUUGCUGGCUGUAGGCAGUUUUUCUUUGUGGUUGAUCUAGAGAGAUGCUAGCUAUGACUAAACACUGGUAUAGGGCCAUAUCCAGAGUGCUGUAUUCUGUAAAUGAAUUAUAUAUGCUGAAUAUUAAGCUACUGGGGUUAUCAGCUGUUGGGGAAGAGUGUAAGUGACUACAGGAGUCAUGUUCUUUUCUGCAUCCACAUUAUUUUAUUUUAUGAAACGGGAAGGGUGGGAGGGACCUAGGGGGUUGGGGACUGGGGUUUGGCUGAAAGGGAAAAAAAAAGUAACUGAUGAAUCUAAACGACCCACUGCACCAACGUCCAUAUAGCAACGGUUCUAAGUUACUCACUGUCAGUUCAAGCCAAAGGUUAGGUUGUUAAGAGGAUGCUUCUAGAAAUACUUGUGCAUCCAAGCUGAAUGCAGCUGUGCAAACCCACCCUUUACAACCAUUCCACCCGGCAGUAUUCAGCUUCUUAACCAGCCACUAGUUAUUUAGGCAAAAGACUGCUAGUUAGGCCAUCUGCAAGCAUUCUUUUUAUAUUUCUUCCAGUAUAAUAAAUUAUUGAUAUCAUUGCUGACUUUUAUAUUAUGGGAGGGAAAAAAAUAACAUUAAUAAAAAGGUGAUAAAAAGCACUGUUUCUAUUUUUUUCUUUUUUUCCAAAAAAAAGAAAGUAAUAAAAACUUAAAUUCUUUGUACCAGUGAAAAAAAAAUGUAUAAAAUUUACAUCUGUGCAGUGGCGUUGUUAAGUUCUAGAAACAGUCUUUCGAAGCUUUAGUUUUAGCCUCGUAGAACAACUGUUACAGACAAGACGUAUAAUUUUUAUGGAAUUACAUGAUAAUCAUAUUCGGAUUUAUAGAAGCAUUUUACAAGUAUUGCAAUCAUUGGGUAGAGAUAAUCAUGGUAUUUUCAUCUGCUUGGUACUUUUUGAAACAUGACUGUGUUGUGUAAGCAACCUGCAAUUUUUCAGUCCGUGAGAGCCCGCCCUCAUUUUUUUCCCGAUCCCCAAGGAUUCUCUCAAAUCAAUAUCUUUAGUUUUCUUUUUUUGUCUCCAAGGCCCAGGACACUUGUCAAAAGGAAGCAAAAAAAGUAGGUCCACCCUCAACAUCCCCUAAAGAACAACCCCCUCCCCCCCACCUCGGAAGCAGGGCCAAAAUGACGCAUUCGAAAAAUUGCAGUUUGUCUGUAUACUUCUUCUGUUCGAAGUCCUUUCAUGUUGUUCUGUUUACAAAAUUAAUCUCAGUUGGGGUAUCUGUCAUGGAUCUUCCUGUUUUUGUAUUUAAAUAAAAAAUAUAUAUAUAUAUCCUGCAGCAAGUCGUCCCCAGUAGUUUUGCUGCCAUAGUUAACAAUUUCCAUGUGUGCGGUGCAGGCCUUCUUAUGGCACGCACUUUAGUAAAGCUCUCAACUCACUGCUGUGAACCUGCCAAUCCGCUGUAACAACUCUGCUUUAAGACAAAACCAGACAAAACUUUAAAAAAAAAAGUGUUUGUGAUCCAGCUUUUCUCUUGUCAUCCAAUGUGCAUGCAGUAAGAUCAGUUGGAUAUUAAACCAUCAAUAAAGUUUCACAAGAUUUGAAAACCGAGUUUCUGUAGCUUCGCUAUCUAAGAUCACCGUGAUCUUGCAAAAAAACAAAAAACAAAAAAAAAAAAGAGAGAGAAACGGGGGAAAACUGCUGCUUAGCAGCCUAAAAGCAGAGAAAACUAUUCUUUUCACCAGUGGGGGAGGGAAGAGGGGAGAGGGUGCUUGAUAGCAUCCCUGAGACAUUCUCAUCUUCCCCCACGUGGAAGAAGGUGUUACGACAAUGGGUGCCUGGUUGAUGUUUUUGAGGGAAAGGACGUAUUAAGAUGCUAAGGCAUCCGACCCCAAAGUGGGGUGAGGUAGAAGGAACAGGGGGUUUGGGAGAAUCAAGCAAAGUCUCCCAUGUGUCUCAGAUUUCAAAAUCCAGAAUUUGCACUGUAUUUGGAAUCACAAACAUAGAAUUCUUACUGUGUUGGUUCAAGUAAAACUAAUUUGCAGUUUUGAUUUUCAUUGAUGAGCUGUACUUUCCCCCAUGACUGUAUGUAGUUUUAAUAAAAUCAUUUAGAGCAAGUGGGUGCCAACUGAUGUUACAGACUCUUUUGUCAGGCACUCCUCCAAGAGGCCAAUAAGUCAUUUUAAAAUGUAUGUCAGAGAUGUAAACAGACAUUUUGGAUUUUUUUAAAUGGUAUUUAUUUGGAAUGUUUUCAUUUAUCUAAAUAACUAUUGCUAUUAUGAAUUAUGGAAAAAAAAAGAUUACUAUCAUGUGUGGCAUAUAGUGACUUAACACACACCUCACGCAAUCUGCAAACCCAGAAAAUGUGUAUAUCUGUCUUUAGAAAUUAGUGUUUAUAUCACUUACAGUGGUUUGUGAAUAAAGAAAACUGGUUUGUAAUAUCAAAAAAUAAAAGCUUAGUCUGAAAAGGUC